AUGGCCUCCGUCGUCCGCAGCACGGCCCUCCGCGCCGGCGGUGCCUGUGUCCGCUGCCGCAAGGGCAAGACAAAGUGUGUCUACGAGAACGGCCGCGCGCCGUGCAAGAAUUGCGCAAAGGGCAUGCACGAAUGCUACCUCCCCUCAGAGUCGAUGAGCCAUGGUGGACAGGGUGUCUCUCCGGCUCGCAUCCCCCAGCGGACGCGCGAGUCCCUCCCCAGCGACAGCCGGGUGCCUGGUUCUGGAUCGGCCGACCGCGUUGUCCUCACCUCGUCGGCUUCGCGCCACUCGCUUGGCAGCGCGGAGAAGUAA